CGCGCGCGGCCGGCGACGCGCCGAAAGACGCGCGGCGCGACUUCGAGCGCGAGCGACGGUAUCGGCGCGCGCGCGAGCGGGGCGUGACGAGCGAUCGAACGCCCGCGCGCGACGUGAGGCGCCCUCGGGCGACGACGAAAAAGCGCAGCCGCCGGCGCUCGCCGACGCGAAGUCGUCGACGACGCGCGACGGCGCGCGGGAAACCGCGAGGGCGAUGUCGAACGAGGACGCGAGCGAUGUCGAGAUCGCGGUGAGCUUCGUCACGCGCCUGCCCGAGGAGUUUCGCGUGAGUGAGAGCGCGAUCGAGGUGCCGGGCCGGCUGACGAGGUACGGCUUGAGCGAGGUGGUGAAUCACCUGCUCGGCGCGACGACGCCGACGCCGUUUGAUUUCCUCAUCGAUGGAACGCUUUUGCGCACGUCGCUGGCGAAGUUGGCGCUGAGGCUCGGGAAGAGCGCGGAGGCGACGCUGGUGGUGGAGUACGUGCCGGCGCUGGGACCGCCGACGGCGGCUGAGACGACGAAAUGCGAGGCGUGGGUGAGCUCGAUCGAUGGAAGUUGGGCGAAAGCGGUCGUCACGGGGUCCUUCGACGGUAAAGCACGGUUGUGGUCACCCGUGGGUAAGUUGCUGUGCGAGUUGGAAGGCGCGGAAGAGCGCGUGUGCUCGGUGAGCUUGGCGCCGCCGAGCGCCGGCGCGGACGCAGAAAACGCGUGUGUGGUGUUAGCGGCUUCGGCGGAUCACACCUUGCGAUCGUAUGCGGUGACGCUGACUGGGAAAAAGUGUGAACUCGGGGAGCAGCGUGUUUUCAAGGGUCACGAGGGCACUGUGACGGACGUCGCGAGCGCGUACGGCGCUCGACUGUUCGCCUCGUGUUCCGUCGACUGCACGGCGCGAGUGUGGAAAAUCGACGGUGGCGAGUCGGCGAACGAAAAGGUAACGAAGAAGCGCAGAACAUCGAAGAAAUCGGAGGCUACAGACGACGACGCGAUGGUCGACGAUGCGAGCGCGAAAAUUGGUCUCGGCGAGGAGCUCGUGUUGCGUGGGCACACGGAUCAAGUGCGAGCGGUUUCCUGGGAAAGCCCGCAAGUACUUUGGACCGGCGCAUACGAUAAUACGAUCCGAGCGUGGGACGUGGAGACUGGCGAAGAGAAGGAGUCUCAUCAUACGAACAGUUCAGUCCAUACCUUGGAUGUCUCGAGGGGAGGAAGUAGGUUCGCUUUCGGGGGGAGCGACCGCCUGGUUAACGUGUGGGAUCCGCGAGAGUCGGCGUCGGCAAAGGCGUGCCUGAAGCUCAAAUCUCACGAGGGGUGGGUGUCGUGCGUUCGAUGGAGUCCAACAAACGAGCAUCACAUCGUGAGUAGUGGAUACGACGGAAAAGUCAAGUUAUGGGAUAUUCGUGGUAGAGUGCCACUGCACAGCGUUUCGUCGCACGACGGGAAAAACUUCGCCGUGGAUUACCACGGAGGCGAACGGCUGUGCAGCGGCGGCGACGACGGACAGCUGAGAUUUUGGAACGUAGGUAGCUCUAAAUAA